CGCGUCUUUGACGUCACAGCCUGAAAACGUAAACAAACCUCCGUGUUGCGACAUCUCUGUUGUUGUUGUUUUUGUCUGACAGUUUUGUCGCUUUUAUUGCCUUUUAAAACCCUCCUCGUGGUCUCCAGUCUUCGUGUUCAUGGUUGUCCUGGAGCUGUAGUUCCCCGGUAAGCUCACGGUAACCGGAGAGAUUCAUCAUGGCUCAGCAGAGAGGAGUCAACAGCCUGCAGUUCAACCAGGACCAGAGCUGUUUCUGCUGUGCGAUGGAGACGGGGGUCAGGAUUUAUAACGUGGAGCCGCUGAUGGAGAAAGGACACCUGGACCAUGAGCAGAUAGGCAGCGUGGCUACCUGCUCGAUGUUACAUCGCUCUAACCUGCUGGCGUUGGUCGGAGGAGGAAUCAACCCAAAGUUCUCUGAAAUAUCCAUGCUGGUGUGGGAUGACGCUCGGGAGUCUCGAGACCCGAAAGAGAAACUGGUUCUGGAGUUCACGUUCACCAAACCAGUGCUGGCCGUCCGCAUGAGGCAGGACAAGAUCAUCAUUGUGUUAAAGAACCGGAUCUAUGUGUACAGCUUCCCAAAUAAUCCCGUCAAACUGUUUGAGUUUGACACCAGAGAUAACCCCAAAGGUUUGUGUGAUUUGAGUCCCAGUCUGGAGAAACAGCUGCUGGUGUUUCCAGGGCAUAAAUGUGGAAGCCUGCAGCUCGUAGAUUUGUCGAACACGAAGCCCGGCACGUCCUCGGCUCCGUUCACCAUCAACGCCCAUCAGAGUGAGAUCGCCUGCGUGGCUCUGAACCAGCCGGGCAGCGUGGCGGCGUCCGCGUCUCGCAAAGGAACGUUGAUCCGUCUGUUCGACACCACGACACGAGACAAACUGGUGGAGCUGCGCCGGGGAACAGACCCCGCCACACUCUACUGCAUCAACUUCAGCCACGACUCGUCCUUCCUGUGUGCGUCCAGCGAUAAAGGAACCGUCCACAUCUUCGCUCUGAAAGACACCAAACUGAACCGCCGCUCAGCGCUGGCGCGUGUGGGGAAGGUGGGCCCUGUGAUCGGUCAGUACGUGGACAGUCAGUGGUCGUUGGCCAGCUUCACGGUUCCCGCUGAGUGCGCCUGUAUCUGCGCCUUCGGGAAAAACACGUCCAAGAACGUCAACUCCGUCAUCGCCAUAUGUGUGGACGGGACCUUCCAUAAGUACGUCUUCACCCCCGAUGGAAACUGCAACCGAGAAGCCUUCGACGUUUACCUCGACAUCUGCGACGAUGAUGACUUCUGAGGAGGAGGAGGAGGAGG